AUGGCGUCUCAGCAAACAGGAAGUACACAAAACACGCAAUAUGACAAAAUCGGCAGAAAAUACAACAAUAUCAAAGUGUUGCCAGCUACCGAGCCCGAAGAACCAAGUAUCAUCAAAGCGUUAGGAGACAUCAAGGGAGCAAGAUGUCUCGAUCUCGCUUGCGGCACUGGAAAAUCUACCUCCCUCCUCUCUCGCCUCGGCGCCUCCUCUGUCGUAGCAUACGACAUAUCCACCCCCAUGAUCACGAGUGCACGAUCUCUCCAUCCCUCUCCCUCCCUCACCUUCGACACGCGCGACUGCAGCAUUCCAUCUCUCAUGCAGCAUCCUACUCCCUUCGACAUCGUCUUCGCAGGCUGGUUCCUCAACUACGCCGGCACAGAAACCGAACUCACCAACAUGUUCCGCGUGAUCGAGCAGAAUCUCACGCCCGGCGGUAGAUUUGUCGGCGUUACGACGAAUGCACAUGACGCAUGCAUGACGCAGCCAAAGACAGGAUUUUACGGGCUCGAUGUACUCGUUUUGGAGGAGCGCUACGUCGCGCCUGAUUCCGGGGUCGAGGUGGGGAUUAAAGCACGAGUCGUGGUAGGAGGCGAGGGAGGGUUUGGGUUUGAUGUUUUCCAGUUCCGGGCGGAGGUUUAUGAGAGGUGCGCGAGGGAGGCGGGCUUGAGGUUGAAGUGGGGUGAGGUAGUAUUGCCAGAUGAUGAGAGGGUUGGAGAAGGAUAUUGGGAGGAGUUUCUGCUGAGGCCGACGUUUGAUGUGGUGGAGGCUGUGAGGAUCUAA